UAGACGCGCCGGUCUCAAAAACCGGUGGGAGAAUAUCCCGUGUCAGUUCGAGUCUGACCUUCGGCACCAGUUUCUCAAUUGCACUUUUCCCAAGUGUGAAAUUGGUAUCAAUAGCAGUUUUGACGGCAGUAUUGCCGCCAUUUUGCCGCCAUUAAUAUCGCAAUCGAUAAUUUUCGUACUGGAUCAUAUCAAAACAGGCUAGGUCAGACGCGUUCGCCUUCGUGCUUAUUGAGACUGAAGGCGGCAGUGGCGUCUCCGGGCAGAGCACGUCUUUCCGUUCGGAUGGGCGCUCCAACUGUGUGUAAGCGGGUGCUGGUCCCAUGAUCCUGAUUCAUUUGGCAUUGAAUGACCUCCGCCGGGUUUCGGACUAGAUGGUGGACCGGCAUGAUGUACGAAACUCCGCGCGUGCGGUGCCUAAGCUGGACUUUGUACAUUUGGGGCGGCAACCGCGAUGGCGGCAUGGGAUGGAGCGCAAGUCGCCUCCGGGACUUUCCCACCGUCGGGUUUCGACCCCGACAGUGGAAUACUUCAGGAGGUCAGCGACAGCGGGAAACCCGCAAGUUCGACCGCGAAGCCGGCUUUUGUACAAAGUCCAGCUAU